CUGAGUCUCGGCGGCAGCGGCGGCGGCGGCUCGCGCAGCUUGUUGGCUCGCUAUAUAAAGGGGAGAAGCAGGCGGACCGGACGGCUGGAGCUGCAGCCGGUGGCGGCAGCGUCGGUGCUGGGAGCGGUGACCGGUGUUGGUUUCCCUCCGCGGCGCCGAGUGGGGAGCGGGCGACGCCCCCUAACCCCCCGAGGGGUCGUGGCUUAUUUUUUUUUUUCUUUCCUUUUUCCUUAAGGCGAUUCUCGAGGCUUCUAGCUGCGGGAGGAGUGCCCCCCUCCUCCUGGUCUCCCGCCUCUUACUACCUUGAGGAUCGGUUUUGUUGAACAAAAUUUUGCCCCACUCUUGCGGGUGACCUGGGUCACCCUCCGGGUCUUAAGUUCCUUUUUUUUUUUUUUUUUGUAAUUGAUUUUUUUUUUUUCCUUUUUCCUCUCUUAAAUCUCGUUCCCUCUUGUUAGUGUUGUGUGUGGAAAUGGCGAACUCGGCAAACACAAACACCGUGCCUAAAUUGUAUAGAUCUGUGAUUGAAGAUGUUAUUAAUGAUGUACGAGACAUCUUUCUGGAUGAUGGAGUGGAUGAACAAGUCCUGAUGGAACUAAAAACUUUGUGGGAGAAUAAGUUAAUGCAGUCUAGGGCGGUAGAUGGAUUUCAUUCAGAAGAGCAGCAGCUUUUGUUGCAAGUUCAGCAGCAGCAUCAACCCCAGCAGCAGCAACAUCACCACCACCACCACCAUCAGCAAGCGCAACCUCAGCAGACGGUACCUCAGCAAGCACAGACCCAACAGGUCCUUAUUCCUGCGUCACAGCAAGCUACAGCACCACAAGUCAUUGUUCCUGACUCUAAAUUAAUACAGCAUAUGAAUGCAUCAAGUAUUACGAGUGCUGCUGCUACGGCUGCUACCUUGGCACUCCCUGCAGGCGUGACUCCUGUUCAACAGAUACUAACAAAUUCAGGUCAGCUUCUUCAGGUGGUCCGAGCAGCCAAUGGUGCCCAGUAUAUCUUUCAGCCUCAGCAGUCAGUUGUUCUACAACAACAAGUUAUACCACAGAUGCAGCCUGGUGGAGUACAGGCUCCUGUUAUUCAGCAGGUCCUAGCCCCACUCCCUGGAGGGAUUUCACCACAGACAGGUGUCAUCAUCCAGCCACAGCAAAUCUUAUUUACAGGAAAUAAGACUCAGGUCAUCCCUACUACAGUGGCAGCAGCCACACCAGCACAAGCACAGAUACCUGCAGCUGGUCAGCAGCAGCCACAGGCCCAGCCUGCUCAACCGCAAGCUCCAUUGGUGCUGCAGGUUGAUGGGACGGGGGAUACAUCAUCUGAGGAAGAUGAAGAUGAGGAGGAAGACUAUGAUGAUGACGAGGAGGAAGAUAAAGAGAAAGAUGGAGCUGAAGAUGGGCAGGUGGAAGAAGAGCCCCUGAACAGUGAAGAUGACGUGAGUGACGAGGAGGGGCAGGAACUCUUUGACACGGAAAAUGUUGUUGUAUGCCAAUAUGAUAAGAUACACAGAAGUAAAAAUAAAUGGAAAUUUCACCUCAAGGAUGGCAUUAUGAAUCUUAACGGAAGAGAUUAUAUAUUUUCCAAAGCAAUUGGAGAUGCAGAGUGGUGAAGAAUUGCUUCUCUCCUUUUAUAAGUAAGACAAAAGGAACUUACAAAGUUAAAAUGGACGGUUUGAAACUUGGGACAUAUAUCAACCAAAACGUCACUUCUGCAUGUCAGAAAAGCAAAGCGCAGUAGAAGCAAAGCUACUGGAACAAAACAAAGCUAGACCUUGACAGCAUAGACACUACUUCUAACUGGCAAGCCAUGGAACUGUAGCACCUGGGGUUGUUGGGUGGGGGGGGAGGGUUUGUGUAGGAUACUGUAACAGUCAAUUUUAAAUACAGGAACCUGCCAUUGGUAAUUAGCAUGUAAAGUUUGUCUAUAUUCCUUUCUCCAAGUUGGGCUCAGUCAGAAGAUACUUGUUGGAAUGACCUGAAGAAAUUUCCCUUUUGAUAGAUUGAACUGAAUCUGUUUGUUGUAUGUGCUUAUAUUUGGUACAAAUUGCGUGUGAACUUUUUACAGAAGGGCAAGAAUUAUGGUGUUGAAUUUUAAUUCACUUGUAUAGGAGAAUUUAAAACUCAUAAUAGGUCUUAAACAUUUUUACUUGUUACUCUCCCUCAGUAAUACAUACCUCUUGCUUCCCUGCUGUAGGAAACAUCUACUUUAGAUUUAAAGAAAGGAUCAAUGGUCACAGUUUGGAGAGAAGGUUGACCCAGGAAUGGAUGCUUGUUUUAAUUAGGUUUUCAUACUUGUUAAAUGUAACUUAAAGAUUUGGGUCUUACCUGUGUUGAGUAGAAUUAAAGUGACAGUUUGAUUUCCAUAUAGAAAAACUGUACUCAGUCCCACACUUAAGAAGAAACCCCAAAUCAGCUCCUCAGGAAUAUGUUUUUAUUCACAAAGGUACCACCGAGCUGAAAUUGUACAGAGCACUUGAUAUGUGAAAGUUUUUCUUGUUGGGCUACAGUGUGUGUUUAGCUGUGCAUUUAGUCUUCAUGUAACACCGAGAUGGCAUUCUGUACAUUGAUCUAAGACGCAAAGGCAGGUGGUGAGGACUGGAUUUUUAUUAAACAAUUUAGUAAUUAUAAAAGUUUCUUGUGUUUACUAGUAAAGAAUUUUAGAAAUUAUUAUUUUAAUUGAACAAUUUUUUAAAAAACUUUGUAAUUUGAGGGAAAGUUUGGGGGUGGAGGGGGUAGAGGGAGGUGGGCCACUAAAUACAAAUUUACCUCUCUUUCAUUGGGUAGCCCUUUCAGGCCAUUGAUCUAGACUUGGGCUCCAGUUUGCACAUUGGGAAGAAAGUAUAGAGAUUUGACUUAUUAAAUGCUCUAGACAUUUAUUGUGUGUGAUGGGAAUGUAUAGCUCUGGUUCACUUCUGUCAGGGGCUCUAAACAAUGUGGCGCUACAGUGAGCCAGCCUCCUGGGAGCUGCCAGGAUGCUUGCUCACCUUCAUCUUUGUUCUAGUGAUUAACAACAUUUGCAUUCAAGUUAACUUGCCUAUUGGUUUUAUUUUGUCUUCCAUUUUUGUCUUCCUUUAAUUUGACCUUGUGUAGUUCCAGAUGUAACAGAUAAAAUAUAUUACACAAGAAAAACUGUGAGUUAUAUAGUGCUUUUUUAGCACAUAUUUUUAAAUUUCUUAAUGCAGUUGAUUCUCCCUUUUCACUUAGCACCCCACUGAACCAAUUGUGGAGUUUGGUAUAAGUGGUGGUGUGUUAAACACGAUAGUAGUUAGAUUUUGCUUGUAUGCCAUAACUGGUAAUACAAUUGUUGUUUUAUUGAUGUAGCCUUUCGGGGGAAGUUUGUUGAUUCUCCCUAUCUCGAAGCACAUGCAGUUUUGUUUAUAAUACUUGGAGGACGGACGGAGGGAAGGAGAUCCCAUGAGUUCUGUUGCUCAGUGGUCCCUCUGCCCAGUUGCUAGGUUUGUGUUUACUCAAUGAAGCCAGUGACCUGAACCACCUAUGGCAGUGUUGCUCCAGUGAAACCCUUGGGCUCAGCAGUAGCUGAAACUUUGAUUACUACAUGAUGCUAAUUCAGCACAGGUCCUGGGCCCUCUAUGUAGUCAAACAUUGAAGGUUAGCAUUGUACACAAGGAGGGCUAUUUUGAAGCCAGAAGUAACUGUUUGUAUUUGUACCUGUGUAUUGCCUAUUAAUGAUAUCCCCACCCCCCAUAAAUGCUUUUAUCUGUGAAAACUCUGACAGCUGGUUCAAACAACCCUGCACACCAGAUUGUGCUCUUAUAUGCUGUUAUAUCGUGUUCUUUUUUAAAUCAAGUAGCAUUUUUUUUUUAUUAUUAUACUAGCUUUUGCUAUAUAAAUGUCACUUGCUUUGAAUUCUUAAUCAUGCUUUGGCCAUUACAUUUAACAGAUGAUGUCAUUAGGUUCUAUUAAAAUGUCUUUCCUUUGGAAAGGCAAGGGAUUCCCCCUUGCAGAAUUUCAAGAUGAAAGCAGCAUGUUUACCCAAAAGGUGGGAAUAGUUCUGACUUGGGAAGACUGAAAUAAGCGGUGCUUUCAGGAGGUGACCUGUUUAGGGUUGUACCAAUCGUGAUGGCACCUUUUAUGUAACACCAUGCCAGUAGUGCUAAGGUAAAUUUACACAGAAUGAGUCAAGUGGAAAUGUGUGCCUUUCAGUGUAUGAACUCUUGCGUGGUGGUCCUUUGUACUCUCAGACCACUGGAUGCCCGAGAGCACGUGCAAUUUUUUCUUAGAGUAACCCAGCUUUGUCACGUGCAGUUUCUAGAGUCAAACAUGGUAGGAGGAGAUCUCUGUAUUGGGCUUUUAUAUUUGAGAUGUUCACAUUUCUGUUAAAUGCACAGCCCAUUUACACUGUUGCCUUUUAAAAAGUCACGAUGGCAUCAAGAUUCAUGCACCAUGUGCAAUUGACAUGUGUUCUUGACAAGCAUAAUAGAUUCUGGCUUUAGAAAACAAUGUAAAAUAUACUAGUUUUGAUAUAAACUAGUGUGCUGCUGUAUUGAAAAUCAAGGAGUUUUCUUUUGGUGGCUUGUGUAGACGAAUGCAGAAUUGUCUCCCUCUGAGAAUUUUUUUUAAUUAUUAUUAUAGCAAUAAUGUCAUCACAUUAGAGGGUAAGUAUUCCUUAUAUAAGAAAAUAGACAUAUUUCCUCUUAGCAACUUUCCCUUUAUAAAAACUUUCUGCUUGAGAAAGUUCUUAUAUUUUUCAGAUUACUUCAUCUUGAACUUUUGAGCUUUUGUGCAAUGUGCUAUUUUAUUGAUCUUUGUACAUUUUCAUUUCAUGAUUCCUGCCUACCUGUCUAAAUCCCCUAUAGCAAAUUCUGAGGUUUUUGGUUUAAAAAUGUUUGUUUUUGUGUUUUCUCAUGUGUUUAUUGUAGGUUUGGAUUUUGAUCUGUUACCCCAAUGGAAAUUAUUCUGGUUUAUAUUCUUCCUCCUUGAAGCCUGCCCUUUUCUUUUGUCAUUUUUGUUGCAUGCAUGAUUUAAGGAAGAGCGCAUCAAAUUUAAUUUUUUUGCUUAUUUUGAGGAACAAAAGCUUUCUCCCUUUUGAUGGGAGAACAACACAACAUUUAAUAAAUAACUCAUUCAGUCAAGCUUCCUUAAAUCAGUCCCGAAUGCACCGGGUUGGGGAGGGGUUAACCCCUGGCUUUUCGGAGCUACUAUUGUCGACUGCUGUUGUACAUACUGUUAUGUGUAAGGGCGUAAAUAUAUUUAUUAUGUUUGUAAAAUUCAUUCUGUUCACUUGCAGAUCAAGGUUGCUCUUCUGUGAUGUAUGAGGUGUUAGGUUUUAAAGACCAUCUUGGAAUACAAUUAAAGAGCUUAGUAUUCUGAUGUACUAAGACCUAUUUUAAGUUUAAUAUUUUACCUUGCAAAAACUUUAAUUAAAGAUGUUAUUUAAAAAAAGUAAUGUUGCUUGCUUUGCUUACUAGUCUAUGGCAUUGGACAGCUGAAUAAAACCAUACAGUUUAGACAGGAAAAGCUCAACCAAAAUAGGGAUGUUGUUAAAUUCUGUAUCCUUAGUUAAAUUCUGUACCUUUAAGGUAGUGAGUUUGGGAUACCAGACUGAAUCGUUAAACUGUCUUAGAAAUCUUAAGCGCUUUUAAAAGUUGUAUUUUCCAGGCACAGAGGCAUUUAGGAUGGGUAAAUUCACACCAACUAAAUGUAAAUUAAGGUUAAUAUAAUUAACAUUGUAUUGAAUGAGUAUUUCUACUCAAAAGCUUAGAUUACAUAGGAUGAAGUUAUUAAGAACAUCAUUUCAUUUCUUUGUCUGGCUAAACUGUUUUCUCUCAGUUCAGAGUUUGUAAAUAAUUGCUUAUUAGAAGAUUUGGAUUAUUGAGGUUUGUAUUACAUAUUGAAUAUAUUUUGUGUUACUUUAGAAGAUAUUAAAUUACUAGCAGUAUUUUGAUUUUAUAGUUAAUUCAAAUGAAUCAUUAAGAGCUUGCCUUUUUGUAAUUUUUUAUCCUGUUAUAAACUACUUUAUCUAAGGAAACAUGCAGAUUUUAACUAUUAAAUAAUCAUAAUAAAGAUAUUUUAUUUAUUGCCAGCA